CCACGUUUUCGUGAUUUUUUACGAUUUGAACAAAAUUUUAGAGGUUUUCAUUGUUUUCCUCUUUUCAAAAUGGACAAGGGAAAGAAGAAUAAGAAAGCUGAGAGCACCAGGAAGCCUAAAAUGAAGUCAAAAUGGGCGAAACGCGAAGCUAGGCUGAGAAAAGUUAAGGAUGAAGAGAUUGAAAUGAGUGCGCUUGAUCAGGAUAUUUUAGCUCUUGAUGCUUCAACCAUCACCAAGUUCUCAGAUAUUCCACUCUCAAGUCGGACGCAAAGAGCACUAGAAAGUUGUGCGUACAUAAAUCCUACAGAAAUUCAGAAGAAAAGUAUACCAAUUGCAUUGAAGGGUUUGGAUGUCCUUGGAGCUGCCAAGACUGGUUCUGGAAAGACACUAGCUUUUCUUAUUCCUUUGCUGGAGUGCUUAUGGAAAUUAAAGUGGUCAGCCAUUGAUGGUCUUGGAGCAUUAGUCAUUUCUCCAACAAGAGAACUGGCGUAUCAGACAUUUGAAGUGCUGUGUAAAAUUGGCAAACAUCACGACAUAUCAGCUGGUCUGAUAAUUGGCGGUAAAGAAGUCAGUUUUGAACAACAGAGAAUUCACAAAACAAAUAUCAUAGUGUGUACGCCUGGACGUCUCUUGCAACAUAUGGAUGAAACACCCAAUUUCGAUUGUAGCAAUUUAAAAAUGUUGGUGCUUGAUGAGGCAGACAGAAUAUUAGACAUGGGCUUUAGUGAAACAGUAAAUGCUAUCAUUGAAAAUCUUCCUGAGGAAAGGCAAACACUUCUUUACUCUGCUACACAAACCAGCUCUGUGAGUGAUUUGGCUAGACUAAGCCUUCACGACCCAGAGUAUGUAUCUGUGUACAAAGAUUCCGAAGCUACCACGCCUCAGGAAUUAAAACAAAGUUACGUUGUUUGUGAACUUGAAGACAAGAUCAAUUUCUUAUAUUCCUUUAUCAAAAAUCACCUGAAAAGCAAGAUCUUGGUGUUUCUAUCCAGCUGCAAGCAGGUGAAAUUCACAUACGAGGUAUAUCGUCGUCUCAGGCCAGGCGUCCAACUAAUGGCACUCUAUGGAAAGCAGAAUCAGAUAAAACGUGUCGCGAUUUACAAUGAUUUCUGUCGGAAAACGUCGGCAGUUUUGUUCGCUACGGAUAUAGCUGCUCGCGGCUUGGAUUUUCCGGCGGUACAUUGGGUGAUUCAACUUGAUUGUCCCGAGGAUGCAAAUACCUACAUUCACCGGGCUGGAAGAACAGCAAG